CACAAAAUAGGGUCAGGAUUUGCAUCCAAGAUAACUUAUGGCUCUGGAUUGUUCCAUAUGAGGAUCAAAGUACCAGGUAGAGACUCUGCAGGGGUUGUCACAGCUUAUUACUUGAAUUCACAAGGAAAUAGUCAUGAUGAGUUAGACUUUGAAUUUUUAGGCAAUAGAGAAGGGAAGCCAUAUACAUUACAGACCAAUGUAUAUGCAAAUGGUGAAGGGAGUAGAGAACAAAGAAUUAGCCUUUGGUUUGAUCCUACAACUGAUUUUCAUGACUACAAAAUUCUUUGGAACCCACAUCAAAUUGUAUUUUAUGUGGACAAUAUUCCAAUUAGGGUAUACAAGAACAAUAGCAACAUUGGAGUAGGCUACCCAACAAAGUCUAUGCAAAUUAUAGCAAGUUUGUGGAAUGGUGAUUGGGCAACAGAUGGAGGCCAAACAAAAAUCAAUUGGACAUAUGCACCUUUCAAAGCAAACUUUCAAGGAUUUGAUGUUAGUGUAUGUCAAAGUCAAAGCUUAAAUAUUGAUCAAAAUUGUCUUUCUAAUAGCUAUUGGUGGAAUGACAAACAGUAUUGGCAAUUGGAUCUUAUAGCACAAAAACAAUAUGAAAAUGUAAAGCAAAAAUAUAUGAAUUAUGAUUAUUGUAAAGAUAGGCAAAGGUAUCCUAUAGCUCCCUUAGAAUGCCUACAUUGA